AUGUGCCGUGCGCUGUUCGUGCUGCUGUUGGCGCUUGUGGGCGCCAGCCAUGCGGCGACCCAUGUCAACAUCUCCAUAGCCCAACAACCAGCCACAAAUCCGGCUGAUGUUAGCUUCAUUGAUGGAGAAGCGCCAGCAGAGCUGAAAGCGGGUCCAUACAGAAUGCAGCAGGAGCAACGCUUUGCUAGAUUGCAGGAGCGUCCGCAGCAGCAGCAGCAGUCACAGCAGUCACAGCAGUCCCAGCAGCAGCAGCAGCAGCAGCAGAUGCAGUCGCAGGCACAGCAGCAAAUGCAAUCACAGCAGCAACCUCUCACUGCACGUCAGGGUUUAGGUCUGCAGCCAGCUCAAGCUGUUGCAGUCAAUCCCAAUGCUCGCCAGCCACGUCGUCGUGUGCACAGUCGUCGUCCCUCGCUGCACCAGCAGCCGCCACACAGCGGACAAUUCCGUCAACGCAAUCAGCAAAUGCGCCAGAAUCAGGAGUUCGAGCGUUACAUACAGUCCUAUCAUAGCCAUGGACCCUCCGUGGAGACUGUCUUUGAAUCCUCGAGUCCUUCGCCUCAGCGCUAUACGCAAAGCAGCAGCAGCAGCAGCAGCUCCAGUUCCAGUUCCUUAGCUGACGACGAUGCUGUUUCCAUCGGCGGCAGCAAAUCCCAGCAGUUGCGCAUGUUUGAACGUCAGGUAGUUGCGCCUGUAGCUCAGCAAGGUCAGAGCGCCAAUGUGGAGCAGGCGCCCGAUAGCAAGCCCAUCUAUGAGCCACAGGCACCGCUGCCAGCUCCAGUGCAAGUUGCUUCCAUUGCGCCCGCAGUUAGCUCCAGCUCCAGCUCCAGCUCUAGCUCCAGCUCGGUUGCAGCGCCAGCUCCUGCGCCUCCUUCCUACGAGCCUUCCUCCUUCGACAACAGCUACAAUCGACCCAGCUACGACCAGGGCGGCUACAGCUAUGACGAUUCUCAGGUGGAUUAUCAGGAUCAGUAUCCACCAAAUGUAGAUGACGCUUCUAGCUAUGAUGACUACGCUGACCAGUCAAGUGGCUAUCUGCCACCACAGCGAGGGUAUGCGGCGCCUGCACCACCACGCCCCAUUGUCACCAAGACCAUACAGAUUGUGCAGCCGGCGCUGAAGGCCAAGAAGUACGAAGUGCGUCAUCCAGCUAUCCAAAAGGAAUUCUACGACAUCGAAGAGCGUGUGGUCAUUAAGCCAGCAGGCACGUUGGUUGUUGAGCUCGAUCAUCCCGUGGCCAAGAUACCGAGAGGUGAGACGUUGCUGCCUCUGGGUCAUCCACAUCCUGCAGUGGCUUCCGCCUACAACAACAAUGGACAGGUGCAAACGCAGAGCUACAACAACAAUGGCAAUGAGUUUAGGCCAUCCUAUGAGGCGACACCCAAGGAGCAGCCACUUGGCACUACAAUCGGCUCCAGUGUGACGACCAUGCCCAGCUACGACCAGGCGCCCAAGGAUGACUAUGUCGAAGCGCAAUUGCAACUACAGCCAGGACAAGGCAGCGAUGUGCUCGAUGGCAAUCGUCAGAGCUUGCCAAGCCCCAGUCCCAGCUCCAGCUCCAGCUCUAGCGCUACUUCGAGCGAUGGCAAUGGCAAUCAAUAUCAGAUCAAUAAGAAGCAUCUCACACCCAAGAUGCUGACACGCGUAGAGCCCGAGCAACAGCCUGACUACGAGUAUGGACGCAGCGAGGCUAGCUACCCGCCGCAGCGUAGCUAUCAGCGCAAUAACUACAAUCGUGCCUCAUAUCAGACUCCCAGCAAUGACGAUUACUUCAGCGGCGAGUUUCUGGCCAAUGCCAAUGCUGGCAAUGUGGAGGCCAAGCCAGCCCGCUUAGAGGAGGCACCGCCACGCCCGCAGAUCAUCAAGCACGAGCACAAGAUUCAUUUGCCACCAUCACAGCACAAUAUUUACCUGGGUCGCAGUCGCCAGCCAGCGCUCAAGGAGCGCCGUAUUACGGAGGUGCAGGAGGUGCCUGCAAGUGUGGCAGAGCUGAAGCCCUAUUUGCGCAACCAUGCUGGACCCACUGUGGUUUAUGCCAAGUCAACGGUGCGCACCGCUGCGCCACGCAACUUCUACCAGCAGUCGUCACGGCAGCGCAGUCCACUGGCCGAAGAGCUGGAGUACAGUGCUCCAUAUUCACGCAUGCGUUACGAUCCGGAGCUGGAGUCGUCCAGCGGCCGUCUGGUGGAGGCAACGAAGCAGCCAAAGCCAGCUGCCAAGGCGCAAAUUAAUUUGCAAAUACCACAUCAGGACGAUCGCGAUCAAUCCAUUGUGGCCACGGCAACAAUUACGCCUCUUAAGCCGGACUACCAACAGCAGCAGCAGCAAUUCCAGCGUUUGGUAGAGGCACCCGCACCCGUUGUGGCCACCACACAGGCCACGCCCACGCCCGCACAGCCCCCUGUGGAUGUGGAUGUCUCACUGAAUGGCGCCGCAGGCCAUCUCAAUCGUCAUCUGCAGCCCAAUGAGCGCGUCAUCUCAGCCACAGCGGCACCCACCGAUGCGGCUGCCACCAGCGAAACAUUCCACAAGCGCCGCAUUGUGGUCAAUCAUCCAUUCCAGACGGUGCGCGAGGUGGUCGAGCAUGAGCCCAUCACCAACUAUCAUCAGAUACAGGUAAAUGAGCCCGCGUCACCUGCUCUCUAUCAUCAAGCCGCCUACUACCAGCAGCCGAUGCAGACGCACGGAAAUCUCGUUCAAUUCAAGUCGACAUCGACUCAUGGAAAUCUCUAUUCGCAGUAUGGCUAA